GUCCUAUAUUGCUUGUUCACGCCUACAUCCUAAGGCAGUGGAGGGGGGGGGGCGUAAUCAAUUCAACUCGCAAUCACAACUGCACGUUUGUUGGGACGAUACGCUGCUUUUCGGAUAUGGGGAAGCUAAGAAGUCUAGCGAUCCAUUUUAACAAUCCAUCGCGAGUUUAUUACGGUGGUCAGAAGUUGAAUGGAUUUGUACAAAUUGUACUGAAUGAACCUAUGAAAGUGCGAGGUGUCCGUCUGGAGUUAAAAGGGGAAGCUCGUGUCCAUUGGACUGAAAGACAUUCGUCUGGAAGUGGUAAAAGCAGGACCACCACAACACGACAUUACUCAGCCACUGAAAACUAUUUUGAUUAUACUGUCAUCCUCUAUGGCUCAGGUCCAGUUAUGGGAGCUAAUCAAGUGAUAUUGAAUGGUGGAGAGCAUCACUAUCCUUUUGAGUUUAUGCUUCCGUACAAUAUUCCAUCGUCAUAUGAAGGAGGGACCGGAUAUGUAAGAUACUUUGUAAAAGCUGUUAUGGAUAAGCCUUGGAAAUUUGAUCAUAAGUGCAAAGUUCCGUUCACUGUAAUCACAGUUCUGGAUCUAAACCAGACACCAAAUGCAUUGCAACCACUCCAACAGCAAGGGACCAAGCAUUUCUGCUGCUGUUGCUGCAAGUCCGGACCAUUGAGUGCUCACGUGAAUUUAUAUCGGACGGGUUACGUAAGUGGAGAGCAAAUUUAUAUCAAUGCUGAGAUAUGUAACAUGUCAAACCGAGAUAUAACCCAUUCAAAAGCAUCCCUAGACAUGAUUACUUCUUUCCAUGCAACGACUAAAACAAAAACUCUGCAUAAAAACAUCACAUCUGUAAUGCAAGGAGGUGUUCGGCCUGGGGAAAGCGAUUAUUGGAACCAAGUUGCUCUUCUUAUCCCACCAUUGCCACCAUCCAGUCUGAUAUACUGUAACAUUAUUGACAUAAAAUAUAUUUUGACGUUUUCUGUGUCAGCAUCGAUGGCCAUGUCUUUAAAACUACCAAUGGAAAUAAUUAUUGGAACCAUUCCAUUAGCAACUUACAUGCCUCCUGCUCCUUCAGCUGGACUGCCUGCUCCAAACCAGUAUAAUGCUGGUGGAUAUCCAACCCAGUAUGGGUCUCUUUUACCCAACACCUCUUAUCCAGAACCCAGUGCCACACCUGAAGGUGCCAGUGCCAUUCCUUCAGCUCCUCCAGCAUAUGAAGAAUGUGUCUUUGGCAAAGUGAACAUCUCAGACGAAGGGGAUGACAAAUACACACAUGGGGAACUGAACUUUGCUCCUGCUUAUCCUUACUAUAAUUUCCCCUCGGCACCACCAUUGCCAGGACAGCCAACGGACAAAGCAUAAAUGGAACUGUAUCAUUAGAAUUCUUACCAAAGAAGAAUAUUUCCUGAUGAAGACAAUUUCUUAUUCAAUUUGAAUGCUUUGUUACCAUUUCACUUGUAGAUGUGUCUCUAUGUUAACAUGUGUGUGUGUGUGUGUGUGUGUGUGUGUACACAUAUGCAUGUGUUUGUGCAUGCAUGUGUGUGUGUGUAUUUGUCAAUGUCUGAUUUCUUAUAAACAUGCAAUAUUGUCUUUGUUUCUGCAUACGUGUGUGUGUCAUUGUUCAUAUAUGUAUAAAUAUACAUGUGUAUAUGAAUAUGUAUAUUUGUAUGAAAACGUGUGUGUGUGUGUGUGGUAGUAGUAUGUGACUCAAUGGUUAGGAUAUUAGGCUUGCAAUCAUAAAAUUGUGGGAUUGAUUCCGAGACCAAUUGGUGCAUUGUCUUCUUGAGCAAGGCACUUCAUUUUAUUUUGCUCCAGUCUACCCAGCUAAAAAUGAGUUCCAGCCAUGGUUAGAUAUUAAGUCCAUGGCAGACUGACAUCCAGUUUUAGGAGAGUCUCGUACUCCCAGUCACUUAAACACCUGAGGAAAUGGGAUAAGCUCUGGCCUAAUGCAAUUAUAGGCCCAAAAUAAACUUUAUGUUGAUGUACGCCACUGAUUUUCCCACAACUGAAGGUCUGGCACCUCCUUUAAUCCUGAUAAACUACAAAGGAGAACUUGAAAUUCCCAUAGCUGAUAAUCUAGUUCACUGCAUGACCACAUGUGGUGUUUUGUGUACUGUGUGUUUACCUGCAUUAUUUACAUUGUACUUGUUUGUGGCAAUACCAAAGUUUUGAGAGAUCCUCUGUUCAUUUAGCUUAAAGUUACCAUUUGCUGUGGCUACUACAGGUAAGAGGAUUGAGAGUGUCAGGGGUAAUGUCAAACAGAAAUCCAUAUCAAACCAGGAUAACAUAGAACAGUUGAUGAUACUUUAGAUGCAGGUGUAUAAUUAGUUGAUUAGAGGUGUGUUGAUGAAUAAUUAUAUGACCAUGGCUGGUCAGACAAAAUGGUUAAUACACCAAGGCUUUGGAAACAAGGAUACUGGAGAAUCAGUGGUGUACCUAUGUUGUAUCAAGGCAGUGCCCCAGCAUGGCCACAAUCUAAUGACUGAAACAAGUAAAAGAUAUAUACAUAUA